CACAGGUAUCAAAAAGGCUUAGGGACUUGGGGAGUGGCCUCCAUAUUUUGAUGUUGGCUCACAUUCCAGCCUGGUCACUUUCACUGAACCUGCUUGCUCCAAAGCUGUGGUGUGAGGGUAGGUUUGGAUUCUCAAUCAAAAGGCUGUAUUGAGUGGUUAGUGAUAACUAGAGAGACUUAUUAUGUCUCUUUAUCAAGGGGCUAAUGGAGCUAGCCAAAAAAGUAGAAGUGGUUGAGGAUCUAGGGGUCCCAAGGGCAGGUACACUCUUAGCUUUGUAGGCUCAUGGGCAAAACCAAGUAACCUCCAGUGUCAUCACUGCCAGAUUGUUACAGUCCUGCCUUAUAUUUUCCACCUGACCUGGCACUAUCUACAGGUAGCUGGGGGUCAUCCCUUGCCUGGGGCUAUAUGCAUUGUGAUAGAGCUGGGGCUAGAACCUGGGACCCUGAAUGUAAACACCAGGCUCUCCAACCUUCCCCCAAGGCUACUGGUGAGCUAGUGCUGUCUAGAGCAGGGAGCAGCAGGCUGGGGAAGAGUGGGUUUGGAACUGGGCCCCACCUUCCCUGAAUCUAGACACUCGAAGACCUUGACCUGCCAGGCAUGGUGUGCUGUUUCUGUAGGUGGAGAAUCUUUGGCCAGUAGCUGCAAUUGGAGGGAAGAAGCAUUGGCUCCCACCAACUGGACCUUACUGUGGGAGGAGAGGGCUGUGUCUCGUGUUCAGGCUGGCAUGUCCAUGGCAGUCAGGGUGCCUCCAGAAGCAGAUGCAGAGGGUCAGGACUCUUGGACCCAGAGUCUGUAGUCCCAGGGGAUGACUCAGGCCUGCCUGGGUGCUUGUGCAUCCCAGGCCACAAGGUCAAAGCAGACCAAUCAGAUAUGGAAAAAUGCCUGGCAGCCACUCUAAUACGGAAUUUUCCCCAUUCCAGAAGAGCCCAGAAAUGGCGGGGGCAACAGGGCUCUGACAUGGCCCAUGCCCUAUUGGCUGCUGGCUGCUUCUGUACUGCCCACGGCUGGAACCAAGAAUUCUUCCUUCACAGACAAUAGCCCCAUCCUUGGUUCUGUUCCCCUUGGGGGAAAGGGAAACCCUGGACCUGGCACUCACAUCCUGGUGGCCCUGCCUGCUCUUAACCCUGAUCUUGUUCUAGAGAGGAAGGUCAGCUCAGAUUUUAAUGGAGUUAAGUUCCUUGCCUGAGCCGCCCCCCACCCCCCAGAAUCCUGGCUGCCCCUUAGCAAUGUACCCCAUCCCCUGGCUGUGUAUCCUGAAAUGUGUCCCACUCUGUUUGCACAGAUGAGCAAUUCCAUUGAAUCCUGAGGGCACCAAUGUCCCAGUAAAAAGCAGCUAACCACCUCAGUUCAAGCCCAGCGUACCACCAUCAAACUCCAAGUAUUCUUGGGUCUCCUGUGGGGCUGGGGGCUCUACUGAGCCAAAGGACUGCUGGCAGGACAAUGGUCCUGUUGGCUCACCCAGACAAAUGGGCCUUGUUGGGCUGGCGGCGGGGGCACAGUAGUGUGCCCCUGCGUGCUGAAUGCGGCUUCUGUGCCUCCCGGGCAAGCAGGGCGGGUGCACAGGAACCAGAACUGGGCAGGAGGGGGCCAGAGCCUGGAGCGCCCAUUGGUUAAAGUGUGGAGGGUUGGGCCAGGCUGGUGACUGCACCUGGCCUGGAAUAGUAGCCGAUGAGAGCCGCUGUGGCGGCAGAGGGGCGGGGACAUGGGCCAGGCCUGCAUGAGUGUGGGGCCUUGGCGAAAGCACCCCACCGCCCAGUGAGCAAGCGCCCGGGCGGCGCGGCCCGGAGCCAGCCACGCUGAGCCCAGGGAGAACCAGGCCAAGGAGCCCCACACCAUUCCAGAGGAGGCCAGACAGGGCCAGACAGAGGAGCCGUGAAUCACCAGAGGACUGAUGGAAUUACCAGGUACCUGAGAUGCCACCGCUGCCAAAGAAGCGCUGGGAGUCCAUGGCCAAGGGGCUGGUGCUGGGUGCUCUCUUCACCAGCUUUCUGCUGCUGCUCUACUCCUACGCUGUCCCCCCCCUGCAUGCUGGCCUGGCCUCCACCAGGACCCCAGAGGACAUGGCCCCCUGCUCCCCUUCCCCCAGCGAGUCUGAGCUGGUGAACCCUGCCCGCGGUUCAGCCAGAGAGUGCCAGCCCCAGCGAGACAUCGUGUUCAUGAAGACGCACAAGACAGCCAGCAGCACUCUGCUCAACAUCCUGUUCCGCUUUGGCCAGAAGCACAGGCUCAAAUUUGCCUUCCCCAGUGGUCGCAACGACUUCGACUACCCAGCCUUCUUCGAGCGCAGCCUGGUGCAGGAUUACCAACCCGGGGCCUGCUUCAACAUCAUCUGCAACCACAUGCGCUUCCACUACCAGGAGGUGCGAGGCCUGGUGCCACCCAACGCCACAUUCAUCACUGUGCUCCGUGACCCUGCCCGGCUCUUCGAGUCCUCCUUCCACUACUUUGGGUCUGUGGUGCCCCUCACGUGGAAGCUCUCAAGCCAGGACAAGCUGGCUGAGUUCUUGCAGGACCCAGAUCGCUACUAUGACCCCAACGGCUACAAUGCCCACUACCUCCGCAACCUGCUCUUCUUCGACCUGGGCUAUGACAGCAGCCUGGACCCCAGCAGCCCUCAGGUAGAGGAGCAUAUCCUGGAGGUGGAGCGCCGCUUCCACCUGGUGCUCCUCCAGGAGUACUUCGAUGAGUCUCUGGUGCUGUUGAAGGACCUGCUCUGCUGGGAGCUGGAGGACGUGCUGUACUUUAAGCUCAAUGCCCGUCGAGAUUCUCCUGUACCGCGGCUCUCUGGGGAGCUCUACCGCCGCGCCACUGCCUGGAACAUGCUGGACGCACGCCUCUACCGCCACUUCAAUGCCAGCUUCUGGCAUAAAGUGGAGGCCUUUGGGAGGGAGCGUAUGGCCCACGAGGUAGCCGCCCUGCGCAGUGCCAAUGAGCACAUGAGGCGUAUCUGCAUAGAUGGAGGACAGGCAGUGGACGCAGCUGCCAUCCAGGACUCAGCCAUGCAGCCCUGGCAGCCACUGGGCACCAAGUCCAUCCUGGGCUACAACCUCAAGAAGAGCAUCGGCCGGCGGCACGAGCAGCUCUGCCGUCGCAUGCUUACCCCUGAGAUCCAGUACUUAAUGGACCUGGGAGCCAACCUCUGGGUCACCAAGCUCUGGAAGCUCAUUAGGGACUUUCUGCGGUGGUAAUAUCCAUCCUGGUGCUGGCCUCCCCUGACUGCUCCUGGUGCCACCCUGGACUCCAGGGUGAGUGGGGCUUCCGUGGGGAUAUAGCUGGCCAGGACUGGGCCCAUGGCACACAGAAAGGGCCUCAUUGAUAUCAGUAUUUGACUAAUAGCAUUUUUUAUUAAACCCCCUGCCCUGUUUCCUGCCUCCCUUGGGAGGAGAGACCUCAGAAGUAAAGGAAGUUGAUGUUGUUUUUCUUAA